AUGCCGGAGUCGAUGCGCGACAAGUGCAAGUACUGGUUCAUGUGGAACUUCGUCGUGUCGAUCUUCGUCUGCCUUGGCUUCUCGUGGAUGCUCUGGAACAUCAUCCGAGGCCCCUACGAGUCGCCGGCGCUGAAGGGCAACCUCUGGUUCCCCAUCGUGAUUGUGCUCAUCUACUCGUGCUUCCUGCUCGUCGCCUUCAUCAUCUCGCGGUGGCGCCUCACCAAGCCGCUCGGCUGCUCGCUCAUCUUCCUGCACAUGACCUUCAUCGCCCUCACGCUGCUCACCAACUCGAUCGGCGGCAAGCAGCCCGUCCUGCUCCUGCUCAACACGCCCGGCUGGUCGGACUGA